AUGAAAUUCGGUCACGAUUUCAAAGAGACUCUACGAGCUCAAGACUUCCCUGCUCACUGGGUAGAUCAUGCUAUUCCCUAUAGCCAGCUCAAGAAAUGUCUCAAGAAAGUUGCGCGGGAGCUGCAUGAGCUUGGACUUGAUCCUGAGACGUUGCGCGAGCUCCUCAACCCCGAUGAGACGUCUCCUGUGGCCCUGAAGUAUAAACUCAACGGUGGUGCCGACUCUCACCUCCGCCCAAAACUCAUCGUACAGGUCCAUCUUCAGGAUGGUGUCCCCGUCGAUGCCUCGCUUGCGCCCAAUACGCGCGACUUUCUCAACAAGAUCGCAAUCAACCUCCCCCAGAACCAACCAGCGCAGGUCGAGUCUGCCACUAAAUCACCAGAAUCAGACUCUGUGAAGGACGCCGCAAAAGCCGAAGCCGUCGUCGAGACCCCCUCUGCACCCCCCACCGAAACCGUUGAUGCGCUCGUUGACGAAGCCAACGACAAGCUUGCCAUUGCUGUCGCCGACGAAACGACUGUUAAAAUUACCGAGAAGCCAGCAAGCGACUCCGAGCAAACAGAACCCAUCGCUGAGCUUAUUAAGGAUGGCUCGACCGAAGCCUCUGCGACCUUACCUGCUACUGGUGCGACCGAAGGAACGUACGAAAUCAUUGAGGUUCCCCUGACUUUCGACGCCGAGUUCUUCGAGAUGCUUCAGAGCGACGUCAACAACCUUGAUGCUCUACAAAUGGAGGAAGAGAAAACCAUGACCUCGGAAAUUGUAGCGCUUGGGAAAGAAGUUGAACAGGUCGUAAAGCCGAAACGAUUCUCAAAGACAGAUCUUGCACGAUGGCGACAGAUUUUCGAGCUGUACCUGGAUGCUGAGAUCUUCUUCGCUACCCACGAACAAGACCAUGGAGAGCGCUCAAGUCAAGUCGCCCUAAGGCAGUUGCAAUGGUUCCAGGAUCAGGUCGCUAAGGAGAAUCUCGUCAAAGAUUUCAAGCUUCCCGAGAGCACGGCAGCUUUCAACCGCUUCAUCAACUUGAAUGCGUCCCUCCUAAAGAACAUGCAGUUCCAGGAGCUUAACAAAACUGCCGUUGCCAAAAUUCUCAAGACGCUGGGAGUCGCUAGAAAGUUCCCUACCGUUGUUCACUCAGACAAGCUCCUAGCAGGCACCAUUGCACGAGAUGUCUGCGCACAAAUGUCGCAAGAGCUCGUAUCCAAAGUUCCCCAGCUCAACGACUAUCUUUGCCCAGUCUGUUUCUCAGUGGCGUACUUGCCCGUCCGUCUCGACUGCCAGCACGUAUUCUGUAUCCGUUGUGUCAUCAAGAUUCAGCGACGAAAGGAGAAGCAUUGCCCAUUGUGCAGAGCAGAUGUGGUCCUCAAGGCUUCUGCGAUGAAUCUUGACUACGAACUACAAAAGUACAUGAAGAAAUAUUUUGCAAAGGAGGUCAAAGAGAAAGCGCGCGCGAACGAGAUUGAGCGUGGUAUCGAGGACUACGGGCCUGGUUAUGUCCACCAGGAAUGCUGCAUAAUGUGA